GUUUUACGUAAAUGGUGACGCUGGAGCCCCGUGGUACGUGUCCCAUCUCGGGAGGAAUAAAUCAGUACACCGAUUGAAAUUUAAUGAGGACCAAGGAUGCUCACAGGAAAUCUUCACUAAGGAGACGUAACACACCGACGCAGUGGAACGAACCACCUGUUGACUAUCGCAAGAAUCCAAGAGCAGAAUCUCCAGGCAGAAUCAACCCCACGUGGGGACUCUAUUCACCCUGGUUUCCCAAUGAGUCGUACCCCUGGACAAAUUCUCUUGUAAGAAAAGCCGGCAAAGCAUCCGGGUUAUCGCUAAUGAAUCUCAAACCAGGUAAGGGUAGCCCGGCUAGAUAUAUCUCGCUUCGGUGUGACAGAGCCAAAGUCUCCCACAGGGCGGGCCGUGUUCGUGGGACCCCUGGAACCGAUCGACCGAUCUCUAAUCGGCAGUCCGAAGGAAUCCAAGGAGAGCCGACGAAAUCGAGCGAGGGAGGCGAACAAGAAGGAGGUGGUGGUUCACGGUGGUGGUAAUGGUGGCGGUUUGAGAAGCAGAAGUAGACCUAAAAGA